GGCGCGCGGCGCGGCUGUCAACAGGGGCGGGAGGACGCCAUGGACAACUUCCAGAAGGUGGAGAAGAUCGGAGAGGGCACCUACGGUGUGGUCUACAAGGCUAUGAAUAAAGUGACGGGAGAGAUGGUGGCUCUGAAAAAGAUAAGACUGGACGCAGAAAUGGAAGGAGUGCCCAGUACUGCUAUUCGAGAAAUAUCAUUGUUAAAAGAAUUAAAUCAUCGAAAUAUUGUGAGACUGCUAGAUGUUAUCCACAGUGAAAAGAAAUUGUACUUGGUGUUUGAAUUUCUCAAUCAAGAUCUGAAGAAGUAUAUGGACUCUGCUCCACCUACUGGACUCCCUUUGCAAUUAGUUAAGAGUUAUCUAUUCCAGCUGCUUCAAGGUGUCGCAUUCUGUCACUCUCACAGAGUCCUUCAUCGAGAUCUGAAACCACAAAACUUGCUCAUUAAUGAUGGUGGUGCAAUCAAGUUGGCAGAUUUUGGAUUGGCAAGGGCUUUCGGAGUUCCUGUGCGCACAUAUACUCACGAGGUUGUAACUUUGUGGUAUAGAGCACCCGAAAUUUUAAUGGGAUGCAAAUUUUACUCAACGGCGGUGGAUGUUUGGAGCAUCGGAUGCAUUUUUGCAGAAAUGGUUACAAGAAAACCUUUGUUUCCUGGAGAUUCUGAAAUUGACCAGCUUUUCAGAAUUUUCCGCACACUUGGCACACCGAAUGAGUCUGUGUGGCCUGGAGUUACUCAACUACCUGACUAUAAAGCAAAUUUUCCGCGGUGGAGCAGACAAGAUUUCAGCAAGAUACUACCCAAUUUGGACAUAGAUGGCAAAGAUCUGCUGAUGCAAAUGCUCCAGUAUGAUCCUAACAAGCGGAUUUCUGCGAAAGUUGCUAUAAGUCAUCGAUUUUUCCGUGAUGUAACUAUUCAGCUACCACAUUUACAGCUGUAGAGUGAUCUUCAAUCCGAAAAUAAAGAAAACAGCU